AAUCUUCUGCUCUCAAAAGAUGGACAAAACAACCGCUGUAAUCGCAGCCUUCGACGCUGGAAAACUACCAAACCAACAUCAGGUUAACCAAUAUAUAGAUUGGUCGCUCAACAAUGUCUUAUCGACAGUAGACUCACCAGGCGCUGGAAAGCUCAGCGAGCCUGGCAAAAUUCUUGCGAAUGGCCUACGCAACGUUUUACAAGCAUAUAGGCAGCUUGGCUCGAAUAAGAAUGGCGACAAUCAGCUUCAGGAAGCACUCUGGCACCUCUCGGAGGGAGACUACUCCCACACUUCUAUAGAAGCAAUUGAUACGGACGAAGCAACAGCAGAUAUCAAGAAACUUCGGGCUGCUAUCCGCACUCUCAUCCACAUCUUAUGGACGAAUUCUAGCGGCGAGGGAUCAUUCGUUUUGAAUGACUUUGCGUCUUUUGCUCGCCUUGCCUUCGCUGAUCUCGCUGGAGUCAUUGAAAGUCAGGCCGGUGCUGCUAAAGACAGCCUUCGAGAAUUCGAUUCGAAGGUGCAGCAAGGUGAGAGGGAUAAUUUGGGCAGGAAGAGAAAGUCACCGGAAGAGCAGGAGAUAGAUUCUGACCCAAAGGUCAAGUUUGAAAAAACUAUGGAUGUCACAAAACAAGUCGGAUCUAAGGCCAUUGGAGUCGGCCAAAAUGUCAAGUCUUCGGCUGAAGACACGACUGAGAAAACUAGUGUGAGGUUGCGAGAAGCAUACUUUAAGAUCUGUGAUCGCGCCCAGAGCGAUGAAGCGUAUCAUAAUGCCCUUGUAACCCUAUUCGAUACCUUCUCCAAGUGGAUGAACAAAUCCCUGGAUACUGCCGCUGAUGUCAAUCAGUCGACCAACCUUGACACAUUCAUUGAUGACCCAACCGAAGAGCAGCAUAUCCUACAAGCUAUUCAAAAUAUUCGUACCUUGGUUGAACGUCUUGCAGACGGCAAAUCACUCGACGACGUCUUAUCCAAGAUUCGUACAUGUGCCGUAGACGUUAGGAGAGACGAGGAUCUUAAAUCUUGGUUUAAUGAAUUCUUUGCCUACGUCAGAGGCAGCCUCGAGAAGCCUGGAUAUGCUCGCUCCGAACAAGCUCAUGAGGAAUACAAAUCCCUUACUCGUCGAUGGAAAGAGCUUUUGAAUCAGGAGUCCGAAGUCGGCCAGCAGUGGAAGCAGGAUGUUCAUGCUCUCAGACACGAGCUUCGUGACUUCCAGCACGCCAUGGCCAAGGACGCUGACCUGCAACGUGUCAGAAAAGCGCAUUCAAAGUUUGCGGAUGAGGUCGAGCGUGGUAUCGUCGCUGGAGGACAGAUUGGAUUCCAGUUCGCGGUGGACCAAGCUUCUUGGUUUUGGCAAGACAUAUUCAAUGUUUAUGCGCAAAGAAUUCUGGGGAUGCUCAAGGAUAUCCCAAUACCCAGGACCGAAUACGUCGACUCUGAUGUUGAGUUCGUUUUGGAAAACUUGGAUAUCUCUUCCCUCAACGUUCUCCCGGGGCACGUGUAUAUUCGUAACAUCACGGAUAUUGACAUUUCUGCGCCAGAAAGUGGUGCCGCCUCCACAACCGCGAUCGGUACAUUAACACAUAUUCGUCUCCAGGCGAUGCAGCUCGCCUUGAAGGAAGUUUCAUUUUGGUACAAGGACAAGACCGCUACCAUCGGACCAAGCGAUUUCACAGGGCUCAUGGAAUUCACUCUUCCUUCUCAAGGUAUCGACGUAGAUCUAAAAUUCCGAUUGAUUCCAAACACACCGCAAGGCCUUGAGGAGCGACAGCACGCAGGACGAUACUUCAAGAUCGAAAGAGUUGAUGUUACUGUCUCUGAGGAUGUAACUGUAGAAGUCAAGCAGUCCAACCAUGCUAUCCUCGCGUCUGUCUUCAAACCGGUCUUUGUUCUUCGAUUCAGGGAAGCCCUGGAGAAAACGCUACAGGAACAGAUUCGAGGGGUUUUCCAGACUGCUGAUGCUCUUGCAUGGGACGUUGGCAGACGCUCUGAGGUAUUUAGUGAUACAGGGCUAGGUCCUGGCGCUUCUCUUGCAGCUGCCAUUUGGAGUGAGAUAGGUAGAUUCCGCAAGAUGGAAGGAGGUGUUCUGGAAGGAUGGAAAGCGACUGGAACGGGUGUAGUUAAGGAUAACAUUGGCAGUGACGCAAAGAUUGCCAUGGGCGCAGAGCCGCAGAUACUAUCUGGAGAAAAACACGGACCACUGGGAAUUAGUUCGAAACCUCUCUCCGAACGAUUACCGGGCAUUGACACCAAGGGCAUUAAGGAGUCUGGGAAGGGGUUGGCGGAGCAGGCGAAAGGCGCUCGAAAGGAAGGUUUACGGAAAGUGCAAUCUUUCAAACAAACUGUGGAUGCGAAGACUUCGCAGGAGAAAAGUCGACCUGGAUGGCAGAGCUCAGCGUUUAGUUUGGAUUAGAGUGCAAAACUAUGUGUGUUUUGUGUUGUGUUUUGGACGGUAUGCGUCGAUUGUCAAAUACGCAAGUCAUACAAUAGUCUCGGUUAGUUACACUGUAUAAUACAACAAAAAACUCUUUCGACUCCGGGAAUGGUUUGCAGAGGAUGAAUAUGAUGAGUGACUUCAGUAUGGUCUAGUCAAAAUAAUGUGAGCAUCAUUGUGAACAAGGUCUUAAUCUCGUUUCCUCUUGACACCAGCGCCAAAUUUGGUAGUGUUAGCUGCGCAAAGAGGGCCGCGUUCGAGGAUUGAGUGUUCUGAUGUGUCAAACUCGAUCCCUAGGUCCUCCGUCAGAGAAGUAGCAUCCUGAGGCGGUAAUGCAUCUGUAGCAAGCAGCCAGAAGCUAAAGAAAACGAUUAGCGAUAGACAUUAGGUUAUGAGGUUAUGAGUUGGUGAUUCAUCGUUAUCAAACGGAUUCCUUGGCUUGGGGAAAUGUUAGGCAAGGAUAAGGGGAUACAUUACUGACUUGUUAAAUAUUUUGCGUCGGCGGACCCAUUCUGCUCUCCAUCUUACCCAGUCGCUAUCAAGUUGUGUCAGUUCUUGCGGAGAUAUAAGGGGCGUGCCAUCCCGGAGAGGCGCUAAACGUGU